CCAAGAUGGCGGCGCCCAAUGGCUCUGUGAGCGAUUCGGAAAGUAGUAGCAGUAGCGGCAGCGAUGCGGAGGAGCUGGCGCGGUGUCGCGAAGCAGCGAUGCCUGCUUGGGGCUUGAAGCAGUGCUCAAAGGGCCCAGAGAAACCGAGAGCCGUUUCCAUUAUUUCCACAGAUGCUGCAAAUAAUCAGUUGCCAACCACACAACCAAGUCUCAGGCAUAAGGUGGAUGAGCAUGAGCAAGAUGGCAACGAGCUUCAGACCACCCCUGAAUUCCGAGCCCACAUAGCCAAGAAGCUGGGAGCGCUACUGGACAGCUCCAUUACCAUCUCAGAAGUAGUGAAGGAACCAGCAAAGGUUGGGGUACAAAAUGUUGACUCCGAGGAUGACGGCUUCCGCCUUUUCUUCACGUCCAUCCCUGGAGUCCCUGAGAAGGAAACUUCCUCUGUGCCCCGCCGAAAGCGAUUGCCUUCCAGCUCCAGCAGUGAGAGUGGUGAUGAAGAAUGGCAGAGGUGCCGGGAGGCCGCCGUGUCGGCCUCUGACAUUCUCCAGGAGUCUGCCAUCCAUAGCCCUGUCAAGGUGGAGAAAGAGGCAAAAAAGAAGAAGCAAAAGCUGAAAAAGAAAGCCAAGAAGGAGGCCAGCGCCGACCUGGCCACCAUAAACAAGGCCAUGGUCGGGAGGCAGGAAAAGGAGUCAGCCCAGCUCAACGGUGACCAGGUAUCAUUUGGAACCAAAAAGAAGAAAAGGAAGAAAAAGGCAAAGAAAGCCAGUGAGGCUUCCCCAUUCCCACCAGCACAGAGCGCAGCAAGCGUGCCUGCAAACUGACCCAGCCUCUGGGCUCGGGGCCCAGCAGCUCUGAGGACAAGGCACCCCCGAGAACAGCCAUUUCCAAGCCCUGCCUCCCUACAAGUCCAGACUCAGUCAUGGUGUGGUUUGUCUGAGGCAUUGGUCAUAGGGUGAGUUUCCUGAGUGAUACAGUGCCCUGCUGUGUUCUGCUGCAGGCUGGGGUAAACCUGUGACACCAGAACAUUCCAUGGCCUCCAGAAGUGCCUCCCAGCCUUUCAAGACUGAUAGCCACUCAGUAAAGCUCCCUCCAUCUCCCCAGGACUGUCUGAGGCCAGCAAGUGAAGGGAGGCCUUCUCUUCCCCUCCACCUCCUCAGCCUGGUGUGGGUGAUGACCUUUAAAACAUGAGGGAAGGGGAUCCCGAGAUGCCAGCGCCCACAGAGUUUUGUACUUCUCCCUUCAGGCCACACAGACUUGAUACAACAUUGUCUGAAAAACAAGGAGAGAGAUUUUUUUUUCCCCCUUGUUUUCUAGAAUUUUCUUUCUGCCUAUCUGUGAAUAUACCAGGCACAAUCGUGCCUGAGCCAAACAGAUUAUUGGAAAUAAGUUGUCGGGACACAAAAUACAACAGAGUGGUGUGGGUGCUGCGUCCCUACCAGAGCUGACUCUUUGUAUGUUAGGUAAGUGUCACAGUCGGGGUGCCCUUCUGCCUGUACCCCAGCUGUGUUCCUUUGCACACUUCAAGACUGUAGGGAGAAUCCCAGCACUCGUGGACUGGGUUGCUGUAGACAGUCUGCAGAAGCAGCCAGGGCGCAAGGUGAGAUGCGGGCCUUCUCACCCGGCCUUGGCUCUGGUGGGGGAGAGGGGCGGGGUGUGAGGGUGUUCUGAGCCGGCUACUCAGGCCCCAGCCCCCUCAGCCUCCCUCUGCUCAACCGCAUGUAAGGGCCAGGGGAACAAGCAAGAAAUUUCCUUAUGUUCCUCAUUUACUUUACUAAAAGUUAAAUAAAUGCACAGGCUCACCCACAAUGGUACUGGUUCUCCCGGCUGCUUU